AUGUUCGGAUACCGCCUCGAAGCUCGAACAGCGGUGAAACAAUUCGCGGCGAUAUUUCGAGGCACCUCAGCUCUCACGUUUUCCGCGAUCAAGAUGACCUCAUCAACCGAUCACAUCCUCUCGCGCAUCCUCGACGAGCUCACAGAGCUCAAAGUCAAGAACUCGCACCUUGAGGCCAAGGUCGACUCUCUGCAGAACGCGGCGACGCUGCCUUCGCCGUCAUCUUUUGCUCGUCGACAGAGCUCGACCGGAUUCACCGCCCUGGGUGCUCACAGCUUCUCUCCGUCCCAACCUGCCGACUUUGCUUUGGGUACCUCGCCGCCUCCUCAGCCUCUUGGUCCCCCUGCUCACCCUCUCGGUGGCUUGCCUCAGACCAACGGACCCAGUCCUGCCGAGACACCCGAACUGGGCGCCAAGAAGCUCCCUACCAAUGGCACAGCGUCACCCUCUCAGCCCGCGUCAACCAGCUCCACAGCAGGGUACUACUCAUCCCGAGUCAUCCUCACCACCUACCCUGGUCAAGUGGGUAUCAAGCCUUUGCCGCUCAACUGGGCAGCUCAGGAUCCCAAGCAGCGAGGACCCGUGGUUGCAAGUCGACACCCGAACUCCAUCCGCGUCCGCAACGCCAUCGGUGCCUACGGAGGCAGCUACUCUGUCUACCGAUCGCUCGCCAUCGCCAUGGGUCAGCUCAACCCCAACCACAGGCCCGAUUACACCAACACAGAGCCUCCGUUCGACAUUCCGCCCAACCCAUCGUGGUUCGACCCGUCCAAGAUCGUCGCCAUGGACCCAUGGGGUCAUCUCGCACCGCAAGUGUACCGAUCCGAGUUCGAGUCUGGCGUCGACAUUCGUCCCACGGCGUCGCUCACCAAGGCGCACAUCAAGAUGCCCGAGCUUGACAAGGCCCAGCAGGCUGGUGUCUUUCCCAUCGAUGGAAAGAUCGUCGUCAAGAGCAUCCGUCUUCCUGGUGUUGCCGAGGAUGUCGAUCCGGGAUGCGAGGUCAGCGUGAGCAAAGCAGCCGUCGACCCGGUGUGGUACUUGCCCGGCGUGGCUGAGCGUCUCGGCGUCACGGAAGGUGCGUUGAGACGUGCCAUCUUUGAAGACACGGGCGGAUCGUAUCCCGAACUUCUCACGCGUCACGAUCUCAAAGUCUUCCUCCCUCCCAUCUCGGGUCUGACCGUCUACAUCUUUGGACGACCCGAAGACCUUCGCGAUCCAACAAAGGAGGUGACCGUGCGCAUUCACGACGAGUGCAACGGAUCCGACGUCUUUGGAAGUGACAUCUGCACGUGUCGUCCCUACCUGCUGUUCGGUAUCGAAGAAUGCAUCAAGACUGCACAGCGUGGUGGAGCAGGAGCGGUCAUCUACUUCCGCAAAGAAGGUCGUGCGCUCGGCGAGGUCACCAAAUACCUUGUCUACAAUGCUCGAAAGAGAGGCACCGAUUCGGCAAGCAACUACUUCAAGAGGACCGAGAACAUCGCCGGUGUCAAGGACAUGAGGUUCCAAGCCCUCAUGCCCGACGUAUUGCACUGGCUGGGUGCCACCAACAUCACCAACUGGAUCUCGAUGAGCAACAUGAAGCACGACGCAGCCGUCAACAGCGGAAUCACCAUCAAGAACCGUUACGAGCUACCCGAGGAACUCAUCCCCGCCGAUUCAAGGGUAGAGAUCGACGCAAAGAUCCAAGCCGGCUACUUUUCGGCUACCAAACAGUUGACCGAGGACGAUCUCAAACAUACCGUGGGAAGAGCUUGGGAGGAUAUCGAUCACUAG